AUGUCCAAAGAGCACUGCCACUACUGCUUCGACUCACUCGUCGCUCACUUUGACGGACGGCCCGUUUCACCACCCGCAUUCGACGACAGCCCUCCAUUAUUCGUGACAUGGUCGACAAGCGGGGACGGGACAACAAGGGACCUGAGACUUCGUGGGUGUAUCGGGAACUUUAGUGCCAUGCCUUUGCACUCUGGCCUCAAGGAAUAUGCCCUUACCAGCGCAUUCAAGGAUGGACGGUUCCCACCGAUGGAAAGGAAAGAGCUCCCAUCGCUUGUUUGUGGAGUCUCACUCCUGGUUGACUUUGAAAAUGGUGACGACUAUCUCGACUGGGAGGUUGGCCGGCAUGGAAUUUGGAUUGAAUUCAGGGACGCCAGGGGCCGCAAGAAGACUGCAACAUAUCUGCCGGAGGUGGCUAAGGAGCAAGGAUGGACUAAGGAGAAGGCUAUCGAGUCGUUGCUGCGGAAGGGAGGCUAUCGGGAAGUGAUCAGUCAAGAAUUCUUGGACUCUGUCAUCUUGACACGUUACCAAAGCCGUAAGGCUCAAAUCACCUAUCAGGACUAUGUCGAUACUUUGUGA